AUGUGCGGAAAGAAAAGUGUAGGCCGGGUGAAAUCCAUGCGGAGAAGAGCUAGUCCUGUUGAAGAAGCAAAGAAUACUCCAGAAAUAAGAGAGGAUGAGAUUAAUCCUGACCUAAGGACAUACUUUGAUAUCAACCAUAAUUUAAAUCCACCAUACAAUGUUAUACUGGAUACUAACUUCGUGAAUAUGUCACUCAGAAGGAAAAUAGAAAUAGCUCCAUCUCUUAUAUCCUGUCUAUUCAGCAGAGUAAAUAUGUUUGUCACAGACUGCGUCAUUGCAGAAAUGGAGAAACUUGGGCGAGUGCAUACUCUUGCCUUGAAAGUAAUUAAAGGAGAGAAGUUUCAACGGCUUAAAUGCGACCACCCUGGUAUAUACGCAGAUAACUGCUUUGUUGAAAGAGUAAAACAACAUCCCUGCUAUAUUAUUGCAACCUGUGAUAAAGAACUAAAACAAAGACUACGCCGUAUACCAGGAGUACCAAUUCUCUCAGUCCAAGGGAAGCAGUAUUAUGUUGAGUCACUCCCAGCCACUGGCCUGUUUAAAUUCUGA